CUGCUCGUGCGUCGUAGAUCAGUGCUGGGAGCUGUCAGUGUGACCGAGAGCUCGUCUGAGCUUUGGCAGAGGUCAUCAUGCCCCGAGGUAGUCGCAGUGUUUCUUCUCGCCCAGCUGCCAGCUCAGCACCUUCUCAUGUGCCGGCUCCAGCACACCCACCACCUUCCGCUGUAUCUGCAGCUCCAGCUCCGUCUCAGGGGCCAGGGCUGAUGGCUCAGAUGGCUACUACAGCAGCCGGGGUAGCUGUGGGCUCAGCAGUGGGACAUGUUAUUGGCGGGGCUCUGACUGGAGCUUUCAGUGGAGGUAGCUCAGAGCCAGCCAAGCCUGCUGCACAGGAGGCACCCAAGCCUACCUUCUCCCAGCAGCAACAGCCGACUCACAACCCCUGUCACUAUGAAUUGAAGGAAUUCUUGAACUGUGCUACGACUAACAAUGACCUGACCCUGUGUGAGGGAUUUAGUGAAGUCCUAAAGCAGUGCAAAAACAACUAUGGUAUCUCUUCCCUCGUCUAAAAUUCUCCUGGGUCCCUGCUGGAUUGUGAAGAGCCAUUUCUCAACAGUAUCAAUACAUUUUAACUCUCUGCCCACUACAUGUCCAGAGAGCAUUGCACAUGUU